UGUUGUUGUGAGACUGUCAUCUUGUAGGAGCCCAGACUUCUGCCCGGGAUUCAACCAUGCUACUCGGUAGACUUCCUGGCUGGCUGUUUGCUGUGGCCUGUGGGCUCCUGCUUCUCCUCCUCCAUGUGCAUGGACGGGACUCAUCCAGCCCCAUCAGGAACACACAAACAGGGCAGGUGAGAGGAAGCCUUGUCCCCGUGAAAGAUGGCGAACUUGGUGUCUAUGCAUUCCGGGGAAUUCCCUUUGCCAAGCCACCUGUAGGACAACUGCGCUUUGCUCCCCCGGAGCCCCCUGAGCCAUGGAGUGGUGUGAGAGAUGCAACCUCUGAGCCAGCCAUGUGUCUGCAGACAAAUCCACAGGCCUCAAAUGAGAGGAAGAUGAGCGUGCCUCCCCUCUCUAUGUCUGAGGACUGCCUGUAUCUCAACAUCUACACACCGGUCCAUGCCCAUGAAGGUUCUAACUUACCUGUAAUGGUAUGGAUUCAUGGUGGUGCACUGGUUGUAGGAAUGGCUUCCAUGAAUGAUGGAUCCAUACUGGCUGCUACUGAGAAUAUAGUAAUGGUCUCGAUCCAGUAUCGCUUGGGUAUCCUCGGCUUCUUCAGCACUGGAGACAAACACGCCACAGGCAACUGGGGCUACCUGGACCAAGUGGCUGCCCUACGCUGGGUCCAGCAGAAUAUUGCCUACUUCGGAGGCAACCCUGGCUUGGUCACCAUUUUUGGCUCUUCAGCAGGAGGCACAAGUGUAUCUUCACUUGUUGUGUCCCCCAUGUCGAAAGGACUCUUCCACAGAGCCAUUAUGGAGAGUGGAGUGGCCCUGCUGCCUGACCUUAUCUCUGACACACCCGAGGUGGUCUACACAAUGGUGGCCAACCUAUCUGGAUGUGAUGCCAAGGACUCAGAGACCAUGGUGCACUGCCUACGAGAGAAGACUGAGGCAGAGAUUCUGGCUAUCAACCAGGUCUUCAUUAUAAUCCCUGGUGUGGUGGAUGGGACGUUCUUACCUAGGCACCCUCGGGAGCUGUUGGCCUCUGUGGAUUUUUGCCCUGUCCCCAGCAUCAUUGGUGUUGACAGUGAUGAUUUUGGCUGGUCAGUCCCCUUGUACAUGGGCCUUGAUCAUGUCAUAAAGAACAUAACCCGAGAGACCCUGCCAGCUGUUCUGAAGAGCAGAGCGGCACACAUGAUGCUGCCUCCUGAGUGUAGUGACCUGUUGAUGGAAGAGUACAUGGGGGACGUUGAGGACCCACAGACCCUGCAAGCACAGUUCACAGAGAUGAUGGAGGACUUCAUGUUUGUGGUCCCUGCACUCCAAGUAGCACAUUUUCAGCGAUCCCAUGCUCCUGUCUACUUCUAUGAGUUCCAGCACCAGCCCAGCUUCAACAAGUAUAAGCACAUCCGGCCACCCCAUGUGAGGGCUGACCAUGGCGAUCACGCUGCCUUUGUCUUUGGCUGUGCCCUCUGGGGAAUGAAAGUUGACUUCACUGAGGAGGAGAAGCUGUUGAACAGGAGGAUGAUGAAGUACUGGGCAAACUUUGCAAGACAUGGGAACCCCAACAGUGAGGGUCUCCCCUACUGGCCUGAGUUGAUCCACGAUGAGCAGUACCUGAAGCUGGACAUCCAGCCUGCUGUGGGUCGAGCACUGAAGACCAGGAAGCUGCAGUUCUGGACAAAGACUCUGCCUCAGAAGAUCCAGGAGCUAAAGGGGGCUCCGGGCAAGCAUAAAGAGCUUUAGUGCCAGUUACAUGAAAGGUGUGUGGUGUUGAGGAUGGAUGAGGUCAUUCCGAGGUUACAAAGUCCAUUUAUUUAUUUUUAUUCAUUCCAAACUCACAUAAGCCUUUCUAACCUCAGCAUUUCCCUUUCACUGUGUAUGACAAACCCUCUGUGUGUUACUCCUUAUCUUUAUGGACACAUUUUAUUAGAAUCGAUAAAUGGUCCCACAACCAUAUGGAUGUGUGUUCCCCUCAUCUUCUUUAACACUUCGCUCUUUUAGACUCUCUCCUUCCUUCCUUCCUCUCAUCUUCUCUCUCCUCAUCUCCAAGCCUCAGACCCUCUUCAAAUGAAGCAGAAACCUCAGGCACUGUUGACGUUAGGAAAUCCCUUGUCCCCUCUCAGCUAGUUCAUGUUUUCUCGUACUUCUAAUUUGCCAAUAGCAAAUCUGAUUUCCCAAAGUUCAUUAACUUCAUAGGUGCAGAAUGUUGCUCCCAAAAGUUAAUAAACUACAAAGUGGGCUCUUAGUGUCUGUGACCUCAGAUGUUUGGAGACUGAGAACGAAGGGUUGCAUAAGCCCAGGGCAAGAUAACAAGAUCCACAUCUCAGAAACAAAACAAAAUACAUAACCUCAGUAACUUACAACCAGUAACAAAUGUACAGUUUAUAGUUUUGGAAAUCCAGGGUCAGAUGCCCAUAGAUCUGCUGUGUGGUGAGAAACAGUCUCUGGCUAGAGGUUUUCAGGAUUUUAUCUUGUGCCCUCUGCUGGAAGAAUGUGUAAACAAUGGCUUUCCUAGGACAACAUUAAGUCCCUGCUGACUUGAACUGGGGACAGGGAAGACUGUCCUCUUAGUGAGACUGACCGUGCAGGUUGUUUCCAUUCUAUUUGUAGAGCAUUCAUUGACGUUCCUACUACGAGCUUGCCCCCGCUUUUCAGUUCUGCACAUACAUAGUAAACUUCUAACAGGGAGCCAAAAUCUCUUCUAGACUUUUACUAAUUAUCUUACUUUCAGUGGCUUGAGCGUGGGUUGUUUUUAUGAGGCUUGGGAAUUGAUCUUAGGGACUGUACAUGUUAGGAAGCGCUCCACCCCUGAAGUACAGCAUUGGAUUUUUCAAUUUUAUGUGUAUGGUUAGGAAAUCUGAGAAAAUUCUCAAGGCACUCAACUUCCACCACAUUAGAUUAAGAACAGCCCCUUUUCCAUCCAAGGCUUUCCUCAGGCCAUGUGGUAUCAUUCCAUACCCUUAGCCUGGAUUCAACAUAACCCUCACAUUACAUACCUUUAGCCUGGGUUCAACAUAAUUCUCACAUUAUUUUAUCUUGUUAUAUCGGGGGCUUGUCUAGAAUCUAAUAUAAACAGAAUGUUUUGUGAUUGUCUCUGUCACUUAACAUAAGGUUUUUGGUUCCUUUCAUUGUGGAAUGCCACACUACACAUUCUAUCCACGUAUCCAAUCUAUGUACAGCUGUACCACUUGCUUCUUUGUUCUUCUUUGUUGGGACAAGGUCUCUAUGUAGUCCAGGUUGACCCUGAACUCAUGAUCUCACUGCUUUGGCUUCAUGAGUGGCUGAAUUGUAGGUGUGGUCCUCCAAUUCCGGGUUUGGAUUUUAAUAAAGCUAUAUUCUUACACAUGA